GUGACGCCCACAAAAACUUCCACCUGGAGAAAGGUGAGAAGUCCUUGGACUGGAUUUGUGGCUUUUUUUUUUAAAAAAAGAAAAGACCAAAUGAAAGCUGAGAGCUGCUCGAUGAACUCGAUGUGGUGGGACGUGUCAAACCUCGAGAAAAAGCAGCAGCAGCAGCAAGAGGAAGAAAGAGGAGGAGCCAGCAGAUGGUCUAGAACAGGAUUUAGAGGUAAGAUCAGUCAGAUAGGAGGUCUCUCUUCUUCCUGAGCUGAGCCGUUUGCUGUGCGGGGCUUUUAUCUGCUUUCUACAUUCCAACAAACUAUGGACUAAACCUCUGCACCCGUUAUUUCUGCCCAGGACACGUUUUCACACACAUUUUCUUUUAAGAUGAGCGACCAGGAGAGCAGCACCUCCUCCUCCCAGACGGAGGGAGAGUUUGAAGGAGAGAUGGAUGAGGAGCAGGACAGAGGGAUGGAGGAGGAGGAUAGAAACGAGAAGGGCCGAGGCAGCCCGGUGCCGAGUCUGUCCAACUUCUCGUCCUCCCUUCGCGCCGUCCUUCGCAUCAAACACAAGUACCAGGCCAUUAAGAAGCGGCGGCAGGAGAUGGCGCUGACGGUGGGAGGGUCCGGGGUCCUCAUGGGGGCGCCGGUGCGCACCAGCCCCAAGAUCUUCACCUUCGACGGCCUCACCCCCAGCCCCUUCUCCGCCCUGUCGGCCCCCGUCCCCCAGAAGAAGAAGAGGAGGAGGAGGAAGCGAGUGCUGUUCCCCAACGGAGGAGGAUGCAGGGCGCCGCCCAAGCAGGAGCACAGCCGGGCCAAGUACUGCCUCUACCUGCUCUUCGCCAUCGUCUUCAUCCAGGUGUACAACGCCAUAGAGAACCUGGACGACCACGUCCUCCGAUAUGACCUGGAGGGGCUGGAGAAGACCCUGCGGAGGGAGGUGUUCGGCCAGCAGGGGGCGGUGGAGGAUCUUCUGUCCCACCUGAAGGACUACCUGUCCACGUACGUCCACAACAAGCCCCUGGUGGUGUCCCUGCACGGCCCCAGCGGCGUGGGCAAGAGCCACCUGGGACGCCUCCUGGCGGGACACUUCCGCUCGGUGGUGGGCGAGACGCUGGUGCUGCAGUACUACGUCCUCCACCACUGCCCCCAGGAGGCCGACGCCCUGCGCUGCGCCUCCGACCUGGCCGCCAUCAUCUCGGAGAUGGUGGAGCGCGCCGAGGAGGAGGAGAAGAUCCCGCUCUUCAUCUUCGACGAGGCCGAGCACAUGCACGGCGAGAUCCUGGACGCGCUGUGGCAGCUGGUGGCGUCCAAGCAGUCCAACGAGUACCUGAACGCCGUCUACCUGUUCCUGAGCAACCUGGGCCACGGGCACAUCACCAAGCACAUGCUGCACAACUCCUCGAGUAUUUCCACGGCGUCCGGGCGCCACAGCAACCUGGUGAAAGAGCUGAUGCCCAUAUUACGCGCCACCCUGGAGGAGCUCCACCCGCUGUGGACGGAGGCGGAGCUCCUGCCGCUCGGCCUCCUGGAGAAAGGCCACGUCAUGGAGUGCUUCCUGGACGAAAUGGCCCGAGAGGGCUUCUACCCGGACCACACCAACAUAGAGCGCCUGGCGGGGGAGGUGGAGUACUACCCCGCCGUCGGCGACCACGAAUACUCGCAGACCGGCUGCAAGCAGGUGGUGGCGAAGGUGAACAUGCUGUGAGGAAACGCUCACGUCAUCGACGUUCUUUUGUAAACAUGAAGAAAGAAGUUUGUGACGAAACUUGAAUGACUCAACUCGUUGCCGAAGCUUUCAGCAGAAGUUUUUUGCAAGAAAAAAAAAACACAGAAGCGAUGUGGGAACGAUGGACCUGAAAGGGUCGGUUCACCCGAAAAACACCUGAGUCCACGCGUCCAGGUUUAGAGGAAUUUAACUUAUAGUAAUUUAUAGCAGAGGAUGAAUCCCAGGAGCUUCAACCUCAAACAUUUUACGCUGCAUCACAAACAAGUCGAGCUCGUCUCAUUAACCCUCCAUCGUUUCCUCCGGGUGGUUGAUGGGACAGCGGGAUCUUUAUGAACCAAUCAGAGCUCAGGACAUGAGUUUGAGUAAAUACUGCACGAUGUGAUAUGUCAUUUUAAUGUCAGUAAUCCUCAGAGGAUGAUGUUCCUUUCAUUUUUUUUAUUUUAGCCGUGCUGUGAGGUUAGCAUUUAUGAUUCUGAGCGAAAUAUCUAAAAACAACAAAAAAAAUUAAAUAUUAAAUUUAUUUCUGUUAGUAAAAUGUUUAGCUCAUGCUAGCGUUUAGCUCAAAUCCAAACACCAGGAUGUUUUCUGUUGCUCUAGACUGUUUCUGUGUCUUACGUUAGCAUGUUAGCUCAAAUCCCCACCACAGCUACAUGUCGCUACCGUGUCCUAGCUUCUGUUUAAAUGUCCAAUCAAAAUCAGACUGAAAUGGGAAAAAUAUUGUCUGUGAGGUGAAGAUGAAGCUAAUGCCAUUCACUAAUAAACGUUAGCUUAGCAUUCACAUAAAGAACAAGAAAUAAGUCAAAAACAUAACUAAUGUUCAUUAAACUAGAAACUCUCAUUGGUUAGUUUUGGUUUCUUAUGUUAGCAUUUAGCUUAGCUGCAUGCUGCUAGCCUUUGUUUAAAUGUAAUUUUCCCAAAAAUUUCAGUUUCUGUCUUUACAUCCAAACAGAUUAGAAAUUAAUUUUAGAAGAUGAAUGUACAAAACUUCACCACAUACACAACAGUUCAGAUCUGCAUGGUGACUAUGAAGAAGUCAUGGGCUGAUUAGCUUAGCUUUUUUUUGUUUGUUUUGUUUUGUUUUUUGUGAUUCGGGUGAACUGAUCCUUUAUCCUCGUCCAGAUAAAACUAAAGUCACAUCCACUAAACCCGGCAGCUCCGCCACAUGUGAAAGCUGAUGAAGAAAACAGACGUAUGUGAUACAAGAAAAGGGGAAAUAUGAACCUUAAAGAUAAGAUAAUGAUCUUAUGAUCUAAUUCUCGGUUUAACACGAUCAGAUAGUCGUCAGAGAGUGUUAUCUUUUAGUAACUGCCAGUGUCAGGUCUGCAGACGAAGCUGAAGCUACUUCGUCUUUAGCUCGUAGACGGUGAAUCUUAGGACACGUGGGAAUGUUUAUUUAUUACAGAGAGAGGUUUUUUACCUGAAGGUGCUCAGUGUUCACAUCCAAAGACACGAACCAACCCUGGACUUGCACUGGCGAAGAAUCUCACGAGAACGUGUUUAGUUACGAUGUUUAGGUUCAUCUCUCCUUUUUUUUUUCUUUUUUUUAUAUAUAUAAAUAUAAAUAUAAAUGUCAAUUUUAUUUGUCAUGUGCCUUGGAAUUAAAGACACAAUUUAAACACUGA